GCGCAGUGAGGUGGCGCCGGCCCGCGGGCAGUGCGCGUGCGCGGUGCCCCGCUCCUGGCUGAGCGGCCGCUGUUGUCCCCCGGCAACCCCACGGCCUGGGCCCCGGGGAUUGUCCGGCCUGGUUCGCCCCGGCUCUCCGUGCACCGAGACUUCCGCUGAGGAUGCAGGAUCUCAGAAGACAAUUAUUGCACACCUCUGGAGCCGGUGGAACUUGGACCCAGACUUCUGUGGUCCAGGGACAGGUACAUUACCACUGCGCUACAAGAAAGCCCCAUAGGGAAUUCACCUUGCUUUCCCCCCUCAUGCAAAACACCUGGACCUGAUUCCACCCCAAAUUGAUCCAAAUGGAUGGUUGUUCCAUGAUGCUUGGAGCCUUGUUACCCAGCCGCAAGUUAGAUUCCAUCCCAGGGGUAUUCAUUGAACUGGAUGCAAAAGAUCUCCUUUCAACUCGUCUUUUUAAAAAAAAACUGAGAGAAUUCUCCCAGGAUCUCGAUGAAAAUGAAAGAACUCUGGGAAUCCGAACUGACAAAUUGAAGCUAUCUCAACAAUGCUUGGUGUUGUUAAAGAAAGAUCACCAUUAAGUUGAAAAGAUGAAAUGGUCGCUAGCUUGGGCCUUUCCACCAGACAGGCUCUGACAGUACUGCAUAACCAGCUCACAGUAAUCCUGGAAGAGCACCAGAAGCAGCAGAGAAAGAAGGGCUCUUGGAAGGAUGUAUGGUUUAAGGGUUUCCUUAACCUGAGUAACCGAUCCUCCAGCUUCCACUGGCCUGGAGCAGCUCUUAUGCUGUUGGCUGCCAUUUUACUGCUGUGUUGCUUUGAAAGCGAACCAAAUGGAAGCCAGGGCACCGCAGUACUGAAUGCUGCAGUGUUGUUCCUACUCCUUUUCCUCAACCUAUACGUGAUUGGGAGACAAGGAAGACUGAAAAGAGGUGAAGUUGUAGCCAGACUCCAAGCAAUCAUCAAUAAACUGAAUGAAGCACUUCUGAGUUGUGAGGAACUGAGAUGGGAAGAUGCAUUGUACCCAGAUCUCUUUAUGCCCUCUGCUCCAUCUUGGUCACUCCACUGGGCCUAUAGAGAUGGACAUUUGAUCAAUCUUCCAGUCUGCUUAUUGGUGGAAGGUGACAUCAUUGCCCUUAGACCUGGCCAGGAGUCUUUUGCUUCUUUAAGAGGAAUUAAGGAUGAUGAGCACAUAGUACUGGAGCCUGGUGAUUUGUUUCCCCCGUUUUCCCCCCCACCUACACCCAGGGGAAAAGGAAAGAAAGGACCUGAGACUCCUCAGCAGCACAGACACUUUAGAGUAGUGAGAACUCCAGUUCUUGAAAAUGUCAGAUUGCUGCUUAUUGGCUGUCACCUGUUGACACUGGUUUCAUUCUGCCCAGAUGUGCAAGAGAGAGAGGAGCAAGGAAUUCAUAUUUAUUUCAGGCGCAGUCUGGAUCUUGCACUGUCUCGGCCUGUCACCGCACUUGACAAUGAGCGGUACACGGUACAGUCAGCAAUGGAGAAAUACACAGUUCCUUUUGUUCUAGCUUUGUUUCUGAUUACAAACGCUGUGCGUUAUGCACUCAAAGCCCCCGGAAUUGGUGAUUGGCAGUUCACUUUCUUCCAGCUUCAGGUGAAUGGGAUUCUGCCUAUCCUUCCGUUGCUCUUCCCUGUGGUGUGGGUACUUGUCACAGCAUACGGAGAGGCAAGAGUCCUCGCUCAAUUCAGCAAGGCUCCUCCAGUUGCUCUGCUGGCAAAAUUCUCCGAGGACACUCUGAGCAGCUACACUGAAGUAGUUUCUUCAAAGGAAAUGAUGUUUUGCAUCUGGAGUCACUUUCUGUCUCUGCUGCGAGGAAGGUCCCUUACCCUCUGCUACACUUCCAGUCUGCUUCAGAACCUGGGUUCUGUUACAGUGCUUUGCUGUGUGGACAAGCAAGGGAUACUGUCGUGGCCUAAUCCCAGUCCAGAAACUGUUUUGUUCUUUAGUGGACGUGUGGAACCACCCCAUGACAGCCUAGAGGACCUGAAGGAUGACUUGUCCAUGAGGUCCUUUCUUCACCCAGAGAUGGAAGAGGAGAAGGAUGAGCCCAAGGAGGCUGACGCUCUGUUGCCCACCACUGGUUUGGAGUUUGUACACAUCACUAAUGAGAUGGGACAGGACAAAGAUGAGAAGACUGAAAGCACUCCACGAUCAAGGAAGCGCAGUGAGAAUCGACGGUGCAAGCACCUGUCAGGUUCCAAUGUCAGCUUCAGCAAAGACACGGAAGGAGGAGAGGAUGAUACAACGCAGGUGAGUGGUAUUGGUGAAGACCUGGGCCUGGAAGCGGAAGAUUACAUCUGUGAUUAUCAUUUAGAAAUGUUGAGCCUAUCACAAGACCAGCAGAACCCAGCUAGUAUUCAGUUUGAUGACUCAAAUUGGCAAUUUCACAUCUCCUCACUGAAACCACUGGGCCUCAAUAUCCUCCUCAACUUGUGCUACUCCACCGUCACUGAGCAGAUGUGCCGCUUCUCCGAUCACCUGUCCAAUAUCGCCCUGCAGGAAACAUCAGGUGCAGCCAUGCCCAUUCACAUUCCUUGGGGGCUCUGUGAAUUAGCCAGACUCAUAGGCUUUACCCCUGGAGCCAAAGAACUGUUCAAGCAAGAGAAUCAUCUGACCAUGUACCAACUUCCGACAGCAGAAACAGUGAAGGAACCAGUGCCACAGAGACUGUUGUAUGUAACCAAGAGGCGACCACCUCUCAGUCACAUGAUGAGCCUUUUUGUGAGAGAUACGUUGACCAAUAGCGUACAGAUGCUGUCUCAUGGCACAGCUGACCUUAUCUUGGAGGCCUGCACAGAUUUUUGGGAUGGAACAGAUAUUUAUCCACUCUCUGGCUCUGACAGGAAAAAAGUGCUUGAUUUUUACCAACGUGCCUGUCUGUCCGGCUAUUGCUCAGCUUUCGCCUAUAAACCAAUGCAUUGCACUCUGUCCUCGGAACUGAAUGGCAAAUGCAUUGAAUUGGUCCAGGUGCCUGGUCAAAAUGCCAUCUUCACUUCCUAUGAUUUACCAGGAACCACACCCAUUAAACAUGGCAGCAGGCGGAACAGCUGGAGCUCUGAUGAAGGAAUAGUGGAAGUGAUGGAGAAGGAAGACUGCAUCCAGGCUUUGAGUGGACAGAUCUUCAUCGGAAUGGUCUCCUCCCAGUAUCAGGCUCGGUCUGACAUAGUCCGGCUAAUCGAUGGGCUUGUCAAUGCAUGCAUCAGGUUCGUCUACUUCUCCCUGGAAGAUGAAUUAAAAAGCAAGGUGUUUGCCGAGAAGAUGGGCUUAGAAACCGGGUGGAACUGCCAUAUUUCUCUGCUACCGUACAGCGGAGGUUCGGAGAUCCCACAGUCUAGCCCAAGCCACACAGGCUCUCUGCAUGACGACCUUCCUCAGGAUUCAAAGGACGAUGCAGAGGGAGCUUUGCUAAUGGAAGAAGAAAGACACUCUGAUCUCAUUAGCUUCCAACCAACGGACAGUGAUGUGCCCAGCUUUCUGGAAGAUCAUAACAGGGCUAAACUGCCGCGAGGGAUCCAUCAGGUGCGGCCUCAUCUCCAGAACAUUGAUAAUGUGCCUUUACUGGUCCCUUUGUUCACAGACUGCACUCAAGACACAAUGUGUGAAAUGAUGAAGAUCAUGCAAGAGUACGGGGAGGUGAUCUGCUGCCUGGGCAGCUCUGCCAACUUCAGGAAUAACUGCCUUUUUCUGCAGAGUGACAUUGGCGUUGCACUGGAUCCACUUUACCCAUCUCGAUGUUCCUGGGAGACCUUUGGCUAUGCCACCAGUGCCAAUGUUUCAUUUGAUUCUGAUGAAUUUACACCUCUGCAAUUAGCUGGCCUCUUGAAUAGCCUGCCCUGUUCCAUUUCCUUUCACCAGGAGGAGAGUAUCAGCAUCAUCAAACUCAUUGAACAGGCUCGGCACACAACAUACGGAAUCAGAAAAUGCUUCCUGUUUUUAUUACAAUGUCAGCUUACAUUAGUCUUCAUUCAGUUUUUGGCCUGUCUGGUUCAGCUGCCUCCACCACUCAGCACCACUGACGUUCUCUGGCUGUCCUGUUUCUGCUACCCAUUGCUGAGUGCUGCACUGUUGGGGAAGCCUCCAGAUAGUUCCGUGAUGACAGUGGCAACAGGAAAGAACUUUGUAUUCAUUCCAAAAAAGACUCAGCAGCACUUUCUAGUGUGCUUCUUCAUCAAGUUCAGCAUCACUAUUUUUGCCUACCUCAUUUGCUUUGGGUUCAUGCUGCAGGAAUUUUGUAAAAAGUCCAACUCCUUCAAUGUUACCAACUGCACAUCUAUAAUGAACAGUUCUGCAGGUGGAGUGCCGAUUUGGUUUGGCAAGUAUUCCAAUGGCUUAUUGCUGGCGCAGAAGGUCAUGGCCUGUUUCAUUGUUCUGCACACAGUAUGCAUUUCCAUCAGCCAUGUUCAUCGGUCCAAAACACUGUGGAGGAAAAGCCCUUUCAGCAACUUAUGGUGGUGUUUCACUCUUCCUGUAGUGAUAGUAGGCCAAAUCAUUCUGGUGGUGGUGGAUUUAAAACUCUGGAAGAAUACGGACACCCUAUUGACAUUUGAUCUACAGGAUAUCCCAUUGAUCUCCUGGCUCAUUGGUUUUCUGUCUGUCAUCCUCGUAAUGUUUGUCAAUGAAGUGGUCAAGUUACAUGAAAUUCGAGUACGAGACCGUUAUCAGAAAAGACAGAAGCUACAGUUUGAAACUAAGCUGGGAAUGAAUUCUCCAUUCUAAAGCUGGGACUGGUGCUAGAGAGCCACAUGGACAACUACAGGAGAGCUCCUCAACUGACUUAGGUCAGGGCGUUCAGUCUGAACUGGACCACCAGGCCCAGAUUACUACUGCAUGGAGACUACAGAAGCUGCCAGUCUUGUGUCAAAUGAAAGAUUUUUGCCAGAACCCCUCAAACAUAUGAACAGGCUCGAAAGAUACAAAAUGCAGUGCUUUAGGAAAUGGUACCUGGAAAUGCACAAGUGAAAAGGAAAAGAACACAAGACUUCUAAAAUUGAUGUACUCUGCUGUAAAGCCUGAUUACCUACCUCCAGUCACUGGAGAGAACAUUACUUUAAUAUGUGCAGUCUCUUUUCACUCUGUCUCUCCGUUGGGCUGUGGAGCCCUGGAGUUGCAUCACAGUGACAGCACGAGGAACUGUUGCUUCAGCGAAGGAUAUAAUGAGUUGUAGCUUCACAGGAAAAUUGCAAAAGCUGCCAAUGAUUUUGUCUUUGCUGGUUUGGGGGAGUUUGAAGCCCCUUACCCCCUAGGCCAGACAGCGUUCACUGAUAUAAUAACAGUGACCUUCACUGUUAAAAGUGUCUUAUAGAGCAGGAGUCGAAACUUUGUCCAACACCAGUUUUUAAAUUUCAUCUCUUCAUGCGAACUACCUCCACCAGUCGUCAGCCAGUGGGCAGUAGGAAGUCCCUUGCAGGCUUGUGGAUUAUUUGUCUGCUGCUUUGAGAUUUUUAUUUUUAAUGAGAGAUCUCUUUAGGUCUGUGGGAGUCAGGGUCUGAAUUUGCAGUGUCAAGCCAAGCUGUGAAUGCGUAAGGUACUGUGUGUGUGUGUGUGUGUAUGUUAGACCAGGCUGUCUGUCUUUUGUUUCAGAGGGAGGGCAUUAACGUUGUGGAUGUUACCUGAAGUAACUGCUGUGUGAUUGUUUGCAGGUGGGGUUGAGUUAAGUGUUUUGUGUCAGUGGUUAUGUAUGUUGGUGUUUAUCUGCUGGGAUUGUUCAGGUGAAGGAGCAGUCCUGUGAAGAGAAUUGGCUGGCCACACAGGUUUGCUCAUCACUAGCUACUGUCACUCCUGUGUGGCAUCAGACUGAUCAAUCAAUUGGCAAAUCCUGUGCUACCUACACAGUAAUCUCCUUAAGUGGAUUGCAGCUCCCUGUCAUACAUCACAUUGAAUUGAUUCUGCAACUUUUAAUUUUUAUGUUCAGCCAAUUUUUUUAAUGGAUUUUCCACAUCCUCCUGAAUGAUACAUGCACUGGCUUUUAAAACACUGCGCAGUUAGCUGUUCAAAGUCUGUGCAAAACACAAAGCACGUUACUAUCGCAGCCUUGUUUGUUGGGCGGUAUCCUUUAAAGGGGAUGUUCACAGUGAGGCUGUCUAUGGGAGGGUCCACACUGAUCCAUAUUCUAGGUUCGUUACAGCCUGAGCUUAAAGUUUUAAAAACAAAGAGAAACUUUUCUACGUUAGUAAAGAAUUGAAAGCCUACCUGAAAUCCGAUUUGCAAUAAAAGCAAUCAUGUUUAAUGUGUAGUAGGUAUCUGGGCCAUCCAGCAUUAAAUCACUAGUCCUGCAAAAUAUUGGGCAUCGUGGGUCAUUGAGGCUAAUGAGAUUUCAAGCACUGGUUUAGUUCCUCGCUGCUGGAGCCCUCCAUCCUGUGAUCAGGCUUUGUUGUAAUUAUGAUCACGUAUGCCUGCUAUUAUUGCCUUUGCCCUCUGACGUCUGUUUACCACUGUCUUAGUUUCUUCAGUUUAAUAUUUAUGUUUCACAAUCCCAAAGAAAAUCAUGUUCACAGUUGUACUGCUGUAUUGAGUAUCAUGCAAGCAACGUCCCCACAAUGUGUGUGACAAAAUGUAGUGUCCACCUCAAUACCUGCAGAUGUUUUGGGCAGCCAAUGUUAAACUGUGUCUCCAUUACCCACGUAGCUGCUUAUGCUGUGCCAUGGAAUCCUAUCUUUCAAGAGUGGCAGGAUUUACCAGUUCAUGACAUGAAAAGCAGUCCAAAUGCAGGAGUUAGCACUAGCGAUCAUGGUGAGCAUGUGGUGUGUGCAUGUAUGUGUCUGAUAUGUAAACCAGUCCAUUUUGGCAGAGAAGGGUGUGUGCUGAUGACAGUCAUAGUUAGGAGGUGGGGACAUUGACCACUCUGUCAAUGUUUGUUUGACAUUGUGCAUUACAGUCAUGCCUUGAGUCCACACUCAAGUAAUGCCACAUGUGCCAAGUCAGAUCGCUUGCAACACUGUUUAAUUCAGUGAUUAAAGUAAUUAUGCUUUCUUUUGAAAAACCACGUUGAAUCUUCAGGAGUGUAUCAUUUCACUCCUGCACUGUGACCUAUGGUUUGGGGUUUUGACUUCUAGGUGCAAAGCCACAGCAUUCUUUAAUCAUGCAGCAUUUGCGGGACAACUCUGUAAGGAUUUAGAUUCAGUAUCUAGUCGGUUAUGCUGCAUUUCAUUUGCAUUCUGAUCACGCCAUUGGAAAUGUUCCCAUUACCUUUGAAGUGCUACUUUUCCCCUUCUGCUCCUGUGUAUGUUUGAGGGGAUGAAGAAAGGCAGGUGUAACCCAACUCUGAUUACCCCAGCUCAGUUUGUUUUACCAUUUCUUAUGACACUGGGGAGAGUCUCUCUUGAUGUCAUCUGUCGUUGCAGAGUUUCCCCAACAGGACAACAGUUGUGUGUGCUGCACCCAAUGGCGCAGCAAGGUUAUACUUAGGUUUCCAGUUUUCAGUCAUUCAUCUUUCAAGGAAAAGGGCUAAUCAUAGGGUUUUAACCAAACUUGAUCCAAAAAUCAGCAGACUUUUUCUGAAGCACUAAAAAAUCAUUCAGGAACUCUUUGGGGUUGUCACUCUGACAGUUUGGUAUUGCCUUGGCAAAGUGGUGAAAGAAUGGCUAACAUCUACUAAUAAAACGUACAAGGGUUGACACUGAGGUGCCCUACUAUCCGCUGUUCCUGUAGGAGACAGCUUGUGCAACGAUGUCCCAGAAAUGUUGUACACCAAGUCCAGAGCUGCCUUUGGGAACCAUUUUCAGUUAUCACAAGAUAUGGAGCUGGUGGGAGAAAGCCGAGACAAACCUCCUGAGAAAGUGUGGGCCUGCUUGGUGAGGUAGUGAGUCAUUCAGGCCAGAAGAUGAGCACUGAGCUUUAGCAGAUUAUUUAGCUGCAUCUAGCAACAGGUUGUUGUCCUUGUGGGCAAUAGGCAGGCCUGUAUCCUUCCGAGUGAGAGACAACGUGUCUCUGCACUGGCUCAGUUGUGCAAGCUGGAAAAUGAUAAAGCCGUUUGUUCAGGGUGGGCUGAGCUGAAAGAUGGAUGUUAGCAGAGAGUCAUUGUCACCAAAAACAUUAGCAGGCAGAUUGAUGUAUCCCUUGAAAGAUAAACUAAAUGAAGUGCCUCCCUAUGACUGAUAUCUCCUGCAAAUUGUCUUACAGCAGUUUGUUUUUAAACUAUGCAAUUAUAUUUGAAUUUGUAGUAUGCUUUGCAUUUACGAAACUACCCCUUAUCACUGCAACAUCUGGACAGACUGUUUCCAACCUGCAUUAAUAAUGUUUUGGAUGACCAGCUUAAGAUGAACACACCCCACAUACCUCCUGUUUACUGUCUCAUUGUCAC